CGACCCCCCCUGGCCGUUCCCAGGGGGGGUGGAGGCGGACACCCGACUCUACCAUCACGUCACACAAGGGAGCGAGGAUGGGGGAGGAGGAGCAGAUGAGGACCAAGGAGAAGCCGGCCAGCCGGAAGAAACCUCCCAUCAUGCCAUGCGGUCCUCGACGCAGCCGGAGCUCGGAACCCAGAGACGAGACGCCGUUCCCGCUGCGCGUGACGCGGGUCGUCACGGCAACACUGCCCUCCUCCCUGGUGGCGCGCAGGGUGGCCGUGGACGACCCGCCCCCGGAGCUCAGCCCCCCGCUGCCCGAGCAGAUCCCGGACCCCCGCCCGUCCCCCAGGCCCCCCUCGGGGCUGGACUACGUGCCGGCCCGCCACCGCGUGGUGAGCUGGGAGUCGCCCCCGCGGCAGACGGAGGACGGCGCCCGGGAGGGGGGGCCGACCGCCGACACGCUGGCUCAAGGCCCGCCCUCCCGACCUUUGAACCCCGGCCAGAAUCAUGACCUCGCUUUGACCCCUGAGCAGAGAGAGGCCAAACUCAGACGAGUUCAGCGAAUCAGAGAGAGGGUCGUCCGCAGUGCAGUAAGAGAGAGCUCUACCACUCCUGUUCACCUGUCAGACAAAGAAGUUCCUCUCCUGACUGAUGACAGGAAGCUGGCCGGCCAGACGCCAGGGGUCCGUUACCAUAGCGACGGGUCAGCCGAGCGCCGGGGCGGUGCGGCCGAGGAGGAGGAGGCGGAGCCGAGGAGCCGCCUCCCGCCCCCUGCAGGCGGCGAGCGGCCGGCGCCCCGCGGUACGAACGGCUCCGUCAAACACUCCAGCUCCGUGACCUGGUACCAGCGGGAGGACGGGCGCCAGGUCUCCCCGGACCGUCGCCGUGGAGACGACCGGUCCCAGUCCAGCCGGGCCCAGUGGUUCCUCUCCACCAAUCAGUGGCAGGGGUUCAUCCCGCUGCAGAGCCAGGGGGCGGAGCCACUCUGUGACCAGGAGGUCGCCGACAUCACCGGCCGGCCGGAGAAACCCGAGGAGCCGGUGUCCGACGCCGGCGACGCCACCUCCUCCUCCUCUUCCUCCUCUUCGUCCUCCCACGUCAGCCACCUCAGCCUGGAGAAGAUGAAGGAGAACCACGCGCUGUUCUACCAGAUCGCGUGCGACGUCAGCAUCUCGGACACGGACGUCACACCGGGCGACCACAACGGACACGACGUCAACGACCGAAGCGACCGAAAUGUCCGAAGCGACCGGAACAACAACAACGACGCUGAAAGCUGGGAGGAGCCGGCCGGGGAGGGGGUCCCGGUCUCCGGGGAGGGGGUCCCGGUCUCCGAGGGUCAGAGUGGUACCACUCGGAGGGCGUGGGACGCCCUGUUCCACGGCAUCAGCCUUCCGGCACCUUCCGAUUGGUUCAGCAGCUCUCCUUCCCUGUCCAAACAAGGCGGAGACCCAGAGGAGCUCAGGAUCCAGGAGGAGCUGGAAGCUUUAGCCCCUGAAGUCCUGCCAGAGGUCUCCUGCUCCUCCUCCUCCUCCUCCACCUCCUCCUCCUCCUCCUCCUCCUCUCAGCAGGACGUCCUCCACCACCUCAAAGCGGAGGGGAGGAGAGUUGGGGCGGAGAAGGGGAAGGAGGAAGAGGCCCCCCGACUUGGGGAUGAACCAGGGGGAGUGACGAAGACCUCCGAGGAGGUAGUGAUCUUGGAGGAGGUGAAGAGGGAGCAGGAGGGGAGGAAGAGGAACCAGGAGCAGACCAGGGUGUUCAGGAAGAGCAGCAGUUUGAGUGACAGUAGAGAGGCCAUCCCUGGCGACUCCGGGUUUGGUGACGUCACAACGGUGUUAAGAGGAGCUGGUUUUGGCAACACCAGGGUGACCGUCCUGCGGACGAGUUUGUAGAGAGAGAGAGAGAAUGUCUCGUGAACCUAAAGUACCGAAGAGAAAAGAAGAGGUGAGGGGGAGGAGGUGGGGAAGAGGAGAGGAAGACUGCGGCUGAGAAAGACUUUGAGAACGUGGACAUUAAUUGAUAUUUGGAAUAUCAAAAUGGAAACAAAUGAAAGAUAAAAAUGAUUCCAAUGAAAAUGUUUGAAUAAUAAUGUACUGCUAAUUUGUCGUCAGCGAUAUAUGGUGAUUUAAAAAAAUAUGCCUAAUGUGGAGAAAUAAACUUACAUAUUUUAUAUAUGCAGGGAGUUAAACCUAUACUGUAUAGGGGUGCUUAACCAUUGGUCCAUUCCGUCCCGUGACUGACUGUUACUGUUGGGUUGUGACUGUUACUGUUGAGUUGUGACUAACUGUUGGGUUGCAAAUUAGUUAAUGUUUUAAUCUCUAACAUCUCAACGUGUUCCUGAUUGUCCUAAUUAAUAAACGUGGCGUAUGUGUUGCUACA